ACAACCCGGCCCAGGUGGGGAUGUCGUUGUAAAGGAACCAAAAUCCAUCGUUCCCUGUCAACAAGAAGGAAUGAAAGAUCGGCUAACGGUUUCCAUCUGGCGAGAUUUGUGCGGUGGCGAAGUGAUAGUGUUGCAAAACUCGUCAUUUUAUCCUAGUUACCCUAACGAAAAGCUGAUUCCUGAUAUUUCGGAGUUUAGCAUAGUCGACGACCAAGCGGAAUACGGUCAAACGAUAGCUGGUUUCCUAAACCCAGCGAGGAGUGGAUCAUAUCGCUUUGCGAUAGCCUCCGAUGAUUCAUCAGAGUUGUGGCUUAGUCCAAGCGAAAAUCCUGAAGAAAAACAGCUAAUUGCCAGUGUGUUUGUCGAUGGGGCUGCAGGUUGGACGACAAAGAACGAGAUAAAUAAAUAUACUAGUCAAAUUUCGAGGGAUAUAGCGCUUCGCAACGGAGGUCGAUAUUACAUCGAAGUCGUUCAUAAACAAGGCGAAGGUGACGGAUUUGUGCAAGGUUUUUGGUCAAAUCCUGGUGUCACAGAUUUUAAACUGAUCAGCUCUGAAUACCUAUCGUCGUGUUCCCUUUCCCCAAAACAGGAUGCCAUGAACCAACUACUUGCUAAGCGUCUUGCAAUCUCACAGACAGCGUGGGAAGAAGACUCGAACUUUUUCGCUCUUCCUUUGAUUAGCGAAGCAGAUUAUCGUCCACAAUGCGCGUACAAGUCUAGCUUUGUUCCCAAAGACAAGAUCGCCAAAUACAAUUGGCUUUACCUAGUUGAUCCAUACAGCGUGUUUCCACAAGAUGAUACUUUUAUGGGAAGCAAAGGAAAUGUGUGGUCCUGGAGUAACAGAGUCGCUGAUAGAGAAAUAGUGCAAUCGGGGGUGGACAAGAUGAUGGCCGCACUUUACGAGAAAACUGCCAAGUAAGUAAAAGUUUUGAAAUUAUCAUUGUUAAAGCAACAACAAUCUCGCGAUAUUGUACGGGAUUCACAAGGAAAACAACGCUAGACAAUCUGCCCGUCAGCUGAGCUGUUUAUUUGUAGUUAUUUGUAGCUAUCUGCACACUUUCUGUUGACUAAGGCAUGCAUUAGAUGGGAUUCCGAUUGCGAGACGA